AUGCCCACACUCGUCGCCUUCUUCGGCCUCGUUGCCGUCGCCCUUGGUGGGUAUGUCGCAGCUCCAGUGGCUGUUGGCUACGGCCACGGCUACGGCCACGGCUACGGCGGCUAUGGUCUUGGAUACGGUCACGGCUACGGGCUAUGGCGGCUACGGAUACGGCGGGCAUGGAUACGGUCACGGACCCUUCGCCAUUACCACAGUCACCAAGACUGGCCCACGUCGCUCCUGCCCGCGACUUGUCUAGUGCGCUCCAAGGAUGUGUUGGCUGUGGCUGUCGGCUAUGGACACGGCUAUGGUCUCGGCUACGGACACGGUCUUGGCUAUGGCUAUGGUGGUCUUGGUCAUGGUGGCGUCGUGAAGGCUGUAGGCCUCGGCUAUGGCCACGGAUUUGGCUAUGGUCAUGGAUACGGAUAUCAUGGUUGA